AUGUUGAACGUUAGGAUGAACAAUUAUAAGAUCACAGUAUACGUGGUGUCUUGUUGGAUUUUUGCUGCCUUUGGUGGAUUGAUGUUUGGUUACGAUAUUGGUAUUUCAGGAGGAGUUUCUGCUAUGGAUGAUUUCUUGAUUAAAUUCUUCCCACAUGUUUAUCAAACAAAGUUACAUGCUAAAGAAAAUAACUAUUGCAAAUAUGAUAAUUGGCUUCUCCAACUCUUCACUUCAUCCUUAUACAUAUCCGCUCUUUUCGCCAGUUUUUUCGCUUCAAAAGCAGCUACUAAAUUAGGAAGAAGGACUACCAUUUUGAUAGCGUCAAUCUUUUUCAUUGUUGGAGCUGUAUUGAGUGCUGCCGCGAAGAACAAGUUGAUGCUUAUAUUAGGUAGAGUUUUGUUUGGUAUUGGUGUUGGAUUCGGAAACGAGACUGUUCCUCUGUUUUUAACUGAAGUUGCACCAAUCCAACACAGAGGAGCUGUGAAUAUCAUGUUUCAAUUGUUUGUGACUAUAGGAAUAUUCGUAGCAAAUCUUGUUAACUAUGGAACUUCAAUGAUACAUCCAUAUGGUUGGAGAAUAUCACUUGGAUUUGCAGCUAUUCCUGCGGUGAUUCUGUUUAUUGGUAGUUUUGUGAUCACUGACACCCCUACGAGUCUAAUUGAGCGUGGUAAUGAGGAACAGGGGAAGUCCACGCUCGUGAAGAUUAGGGGUGUCAGUGAUGUUGAGGCUGAGUACAAAGAAAUCGUGGCAGCGUGUGAACAAGCCAAGCAAGUUAAGCAGCAAUCGUUGAAAAACUUACUGAAGCCUGCUAGCAUUCCGCCACUUGUGAUUGGUGUGUUGUUGCAAGUCUUUCAGCAAUUUACUGGAAUCAACGCUAUUAUGUUUUACGCGCCUGUCCUGUUUCAGACUAUGGGAUUCAAGGCCAAUGCCUCGCUUCUGUCCUCUGUCAUUACCGGAAUUGUUAAUGUUGGCAGCACAUUCGUUUCGAUCUACCUUGUUGACAAGGUUGGAAGGAGAAAAUUGCUCCUUCAAGCUUGUUGUCAGAUGUUAAUUUCUCAGUUGGCAAUCGGAGCAAUUUUGGUAAAAAGUUUAUCAGAGACAGGAACGUUGAACAGGACACUUGCAGCAAUAGUGGUGCUGCUUGUGUGUACUUAUGUAAUGUCGUUCGCGUGGUCAUGGGGACCUCUUGGUUGGUUAAUUCCUAGUGAGACAUUCCCAUUGGAAACAAGGACAACUGGUUUUGCUUUCGCGGUUAGCACAAACAUGCUUUUCACUUCUAUCAUUGCACAACUUUUCUUGACUAUGCUUUGCACUAUGAAAGCCUAUAUUUUCUUCUUUUUCUCUGGAUGGAUCGUUGUCAUGGGAUUAUUCGUCUACUUCUUCUUGCCUGAAACGAAGGGAGUUCCGAUUGAUUCCAUGGUCGAAAGAGUGUGGAUGCAGCACCCUAUUUGGAAGAGAUUAUUCUAG